AACUGCCACUAAAACCAAGAAUUGAGAACAGAGAGACAGAGCUGAGCAUAGGCAUGGCCUUAUCUUCUUCAACACUAAACUCUCUCGCAAUUCUCACUACCAACCCAUCAAUCCCCAGCCUCACCAUCACCUCAUUUAACCACUUUUCUCCCAAACCCAUUACCAAAUUCCAUUUCUUGAACCUUUCAACCUGUAAAACUAACACUAACUCCAGCUCCGAUGAUAAGUGGAGAGCUAAAAUUUCGUUCUUUCCUGCUUUCUUGAAGAAGAAGAAAGACGCCAACGUCCUUAAAGAAGAGCUUCUUGAUGCCAUUGCUCCUCUUGAUCGUGGCGCUGAGGCCACUCCCGAAGACCAGCAGAGAGUUGACGAGAUUGCACGCCAACUUGAAGCUGUUAAUCGGACAAAGGAGCCGCUGAAAUCUGAUUUGAUCAAUGGCAAAUGGGAGCUUAUCUACACUACUUCACAGUCUAUUUUGCAAACCUCCAGACCUAAGUUCUUAAGGUCUAAAACAAACUACCAAGCUAUCAAUGUGGAUACACUCAGGGCACAAAAUAUGGAAUCCUGGCCACUCUUCAACCAGGUGACUGCAGAUCUAACACCCUUGAAUGCGAAAAAAGUGGCUGUGCAGUUUGAUACUUUCAAAAUUGGAGGUCUGAUUCCAAUCAAGGCACCCGGAAGAGCUCGAGGCGAGUUGGAAACUACAUAUUUGGAUGAAGAACUAAGAAUCUCCCGGGGUGACAAAGGAAAUUUGUUCGUCUUGAAAAUGAUCGACCCCUCUUACCGUGUCCCUGCUUGAUUGCUCAAUCACAUCCCCACAUUGUAUCUUCCUGGUAUUUGAUCAUGAGAAUGAAAAGGUUACUGCAGGUUUUGCUUGCAGAUAAUCCCAGGCUCUCUGAUGUAUACAAAUGAUGUUAUAGAUACAUUUUUGACUCUUUUUCCUGUAUAUAGAAUAGAUUAUCUUCCACUCGGAAUAUUGUACUAAUUGAAAUUCCAAAAAGAGUUAUAAAUAAAGUUGCUAAAUUUCUCUCCA